AUUUCCCACUUCCUCUCAUCUCCCAAAACCCUAAUUCUCCCUCCGCCGUUCCACCUCAUUUCUCUCUCCUCCAUUUCCCCCCCCAAACAACAAUGUCCUCCACAACCGCCGCCGUGCGACCUCUGGUUUCAAUCCAGACAGUCGAUUCCGACAUGUCAACCGACACAACUCCGACCGCUCCUCUCCCUGACGUCAUGAAAGCCCCCAUUCGACCCGACAUCGUCAUCUACGUUCACUCCAACAUCUCCAAAAACUCCCGACAACCUUACGCUGUCUCCAAAAAAGCCGGCCAUCAAACCUCCGCUGAAUCCUGGGGAACUGGUCGUGCUGUUUCUCGUAUUCCACGUGUCCCUGGUGGUGGUACUCACCGUGCAGGACAAGGAGCAUUCGGUAACAUGUGUCGUGGUGGUCGUAUGUUUGCUCCGACAAAGAUCUGGCGUAGGUGGCAUCGUAUGAUUAACGUUAAUCAAAAACGAUACGCUGUCGUUUCAGCUAUUGCUGCUUCUGCUAUACCUUCUCUUGUUCUUGCUAGAGGUCACAAGAUCGAAUCUGUACCUGAACUUCCUCUUGUUGUUUCUGAUUCUAUUGAAAGUGUUGAGAAAACUAAAGAUGCUAUCAAAGUUUUGAAAUCUGUUGGUGCAUUUCCUGAUGUUGAGAAAGCAGAGAAAUCGAUUGCGAUUCGUGCAGGGAAAGGAAAGAUGAGAAACAGAAGGUAUAUUUCUAGGAAGGGACCGCUUAUUGUUUACGCUACGGAAGGUUCUAAGUUAGUCAAGGCUUUUAGAAAUAUUCCUGGAGUGGAAAUUUGUCAUGUUGAUAGGUUGAAUUUGUUGAAACUUGCACCCGGAGGUCAUUUAGGGAGAUUUGUUAUAUGGACUCAAGGUGCAUUUGAGAAACUUGAUUCGAUUUAUGGUUCGUUUGAUAAGGUUUCGGAGAAGAAGAAUAAGUACUUGUUGCCUAGGGCUAAGAUGUUGAAUGGUGAUCUUGCUAGGAUUAUUAAUUCUGAUGAGAUUCAGUCUGUUGUUAGACCUAUUAAGAAGAACUUUGUUAGGGCUCCAAUGAAGAAGAAUCCAUUGAAGAAUUUGAAUGUUAUGUUGAAGUUGAAUCCGUAUGCUAAGACUGCGAGGAGGAUGUCUUUGUUGGCUGAGAAACAAAGGGUUGUUGAUAAGGAGAAUAAGCUUCAGAAGAAGAGGAAGGUUCUUUCCAAGGAGGAGCUUUCUACCAUCAAGGCCUCUGGACGUGCUUUCUACAACACCAUGAUCUCAGAUUCAGACUACACAGAGUUUGAUGUCUUCACAAAGUGGCUCGGUGUUUCUCAGUAAUUUUGAUUUCUAGCUACAGUUUUGUUAGAUACAUUUGGUUAAGUUUCUGAGUUUUGGGUUCACGGAGACUUUUUUAAGAAAGAAGAAAUUUGUGCUUAUAGCUGUUGUAGUUGCAAGGCUAUUACUGAUACUUAAUCGACUCUUGAGUAUUUGUUGCUCUAGUUUCUAUUGUAUGAUUUUUCUCCUAAA